AUGGUUCUGAAAAUGCAAGCUCCUUCUGAGGCUUCAAGCGACUUUGACAUCGCGUAUGUCAUCAAAAAUGCAUCCGUAUCAGAAAAGAUCUCGUUGUUGUCUGGCCAGGAUUUUUGGCACACAGCUCCUCUACCUAGAUUCAACGUUCCCUCCGUCCGCGUGAGCGAUGGGCCGAACGGCGUACGAGGGACCAAAUUCAUCGACGGUGUACCUGCAGCAUGCUUGCCUUGCGGUACUGGUCUGGCGGCCACAUGGGAUCAAGAUCUCCUGUACCAGGCAGGUAUUCUAAUAGGCAACGAAUGCAAAGCAAAGGGCGCCCACUGCUGGCUCGGACCAACAGUCUGCAUCCAACGCUCUCCACUGGGCGGUCGGGGCUUCGAGUCCAUGGCAGAGGACCCGUAUGCCACAGGCAAGUUGGCUGCCGCAUACAUCAAGGGCGUUCAAUCGACCGGUGUUGUCUCUGUCAUCAAGCAUUGGCUGGCCAACGACCAAGAACAUGAAAGGGUUGGGGUCAACGUCGUGGUUAGCGAGCGUGCCUUGCGAGAGAUUCACAUGCUCCCUUUCCAAAUAGCCCUUCGUGACGCUGCACCUGGAGCUGUCAUGUCUUGCUACAACAAAGUCAACGGAAAACAUGUCUCUGAAAGUCAAGAUCUGUUGGAUGGCCUCCUCCGCGAGGAGUGGCAGUGGAAGGGGCUGAUCAUGAGCGACUGGUUCGGUACCUACUCGACCGCCGAAGCUCUCAACGCAGGGUUGGACCUUGAGAUGCCCGGGCCUACCAGGCAACGCGGCCAACUACUGGACCUUGCAGUAUCAACGCGAAAGGUAUCCCGGACGACGAUAGACACACGAGCACGCAACGUGCUCGAGUUUGUCCAGAGAUGCAACAAGGUCGCUGUGGCUUCUGAAGAAGGCGGUCGAGACUUUCCUGAAGACAGGCAGCUUAAUCGACAGCUGGCCGGGGAUAGUGUCGUGUUGUUGAAGAACGAGGGGGGCCUACUACCGCUCAAGCGGCCAUUCAAGAGUAUCGCCCUGAUUGGACCCAACAUGAAGAACACUUCGUUUUGUGGUGGUGGCUCAGCACAUCUUCAGCCAUACUACACUAUUUCUCCCUUUGAAGGGAUUGUCGACCAACUACCACCCGACAUCGAGGUUAAAUACGAAAUCGGCGCUUCAGCAAGUGGUUGGAACCCUCUUCUUCAAGCUUCAGAUAUCAUGACACCUGACGGAUGUCCUGGUCUGCGAAUACGCUUCUACCGAGAACCGCCCACGGCCCCAGAUCGCGAAGUCAUCGACGAGAGCUUGUUACCCGAAUCUUCGUGGCAACUCAUGGGCUAUUCACAUCCGAAGUUGGAGAAGCUGUUCUACGCUGAAGUGGAGGGCGACUUUGUUGGGCAAGCUACAGGCCCCUUCGAAUUUGGCUUGGCUGUGUAUGGUUCAGCCCGGCUUUACGUCGACGGCCAGCUGUUGAUCGACAACACGGCUGUGCAGCGAGGCGGCACCUUUUUCUUCGGCAAGGGUACUCUGGAAGAAAAGGCUGAGAUGCACCUCACUCAAGGCCAGACGUACAGGAUCAAGGUCGAAUACGAAAGUGCACCGUCAUCCAAACUCGUCAAGCCAGGUGUGGUCAACUUCGGUGGCGGUGCAGGACGACUCGGUCUCGCGAGAGUGAUUGACCCUGAUACAUCCAUCCGAGCGGCUGUUGAUGUUGCAACACAAUCAGAUGUGACGAUUCUAUGUGUUGGUCUGACCAGAGAUCAAGAAUCUGAGGGUUUUGACCGUCAGCACAUGGAGUUGCCAGGAUUCCUCCCUCACCUUAUCUCGGCCGUCUUGGAUGCAGCACCCGACACGAUCAUCGUGUCACAGAGCGGUACACCCUUCAACAUGUUGCCUUGGGCUACGCGGACCAAUACGCAUCUCCAUGCAUGGAUGGGGGGUAAUGAGACUGGCAACGGCAUCGCCGACGUCAUUUUCGGCAAGAUUUGUCCCAGCGGAAAACUGCCACUCUCUUUCCCAAGACGAAUCGAGGACACGCCGACAUAUCUCAACUUCGGAAGCGAGAGGGGGCGCGUCAUAUACGGUGAGGACAUCUAUGUUGGAUACCGAUAUUACGAGAAGGUGGAUCGAGACGUGCUCUAUCCUUUUGGCCAUGGCCUCUCAUACACGACUUUUACGUACUCGAACCUGAGCGUCACAUCCUUACACGUGGAUUUGGAAGUCACGAACUUGGGUACAGUAGCUGGAGCCGAAGCCAUUCAGCUUUACAUCGCGGCCGACGAAACAACAUCCUCCAUCGCGAAGCCCAAGAAGGAGCUAAAGGGGUUCAAGAAGGUACACCUACAACCUGGGGAAACACAGCGGGUGCAAAUACCACUAGGUCGGUUUGCAACGGCGUUUUGGGACGAGGAGACGCAUUGCUGGGUCUGUGAAAAGGGAGUGUACAAGGUGCUUGUAGGGUCUAGUAGCCAGAAGAUAUUAUUAGAAGGGAAGCUGGAGGUGAUGGAAACGGCCUAUUGGUCUGGACUAUAG